AUGGAACGGAAUUCCACUCAAGAAUAUAAAUUUGAAACUGAUUAUCAAAAUUUCAUGAAAAAAAAAUUCUUCCCGAGUCACGAAAUAAAUGAAAUAAAUGAUGAUGGUGUAACAAAAUUUGUUGCCAAUUUACAUUCGGAAGGCAAUUUGACGACUCACCUGUCACUACAUAACCGUCAGUCAAUCGAAGGAUGGUUGACAAGGGAAAAUGAACGAAAAUCCAUAAUAAUAAUUAGUGAUUCAGAGAAAUCAUUUUUAGAAAAUAGUAUUCAAAAUCCUGUUAUACGUCAAUGGCAUUUGAAUACUUGUCUUGAUACUCUUAAUGUAAAAGAAAAAGAGAAACCAAAAAUUAUAAAGUUUAAUUCAAAUCAUAAAAAUUAUAUCAACGAUUUAAUUAAUAAUGUAUCACAAAAAUAUAUGCAUGAUUUGUCUCAUUUUCCUGAAAACUUAAAUCAAACUUAUGAUAAAGAUUUGGGUCUCUCUUGGUGUGAUCCAAUAAAUCAAAGUUCAUCUGCUUUAUCCUUGAAAAAAAUUAUGGAAGAUUAUAGAAUUAAAAUUAUGGAUGAGGAAAAGAAUUUUGAAAGAUUCAUUUCAAAUAUGAUUAAAAGGCACAAAGAAAAGGAAAUUAAAGAAAUCAAUGAAAAAUCUACUAUUAAAAUUAACGAAAUUAAUGAAAUUCAAAGGCAUUGGUCAAUUACUGAUGACAAAGAAAUUUCUGUCCAUUUGGAAAAGAGUUUCAAUGGUUUUCGUAUUGAUCAGAAACCAAUAUCAGUAAGAUCUUCCCCUUCUGAAUCUAUGUACCACGAACCUGAUGAUGGAGAUUUAGAUAAUAAUUUAGGGAUUUUAGUAUAUUCCCCAUCUUUGAACUUCCAACCAGUAAAAAAUAACUCAGUCGAAAAGCUUAAAGAAAAUGAUGUUAUUACAAUUAGUUCGACAGAUACCUCACCCGCAAAUAAUAAUCCCAUUACUCGUCCAAAGAAAAUUCAGAAAGAAUGGGACUCUCCCAUUAUUCAAUCAAAUUAUGAUACACAUGAAAUGGAUGAAAAAAUGGAACAGGAAAUUGAAAAAAAAGUUGAAUCUAAAAAAAUGCCAAAUUAUAAACGUAUGACUGUAAUUGAACUAAAGGCAUUUGCAAAAUAUGGGAUUCGUCCUUCAGGAAAAGAUAUAAUGGUUCGUCAAUUGUCUUAUAUUUGGAAACAGAUGAACCCUGAAGAAUCAAGUGACAAUGGCAAAAAUUUCAAAGCAACAUCGAGUUCUAAAUUGAACUUCCAACCAACAUCGAGUUAUAAAUCAAAUAAUAAAUCGAGUUAUAAAAAUAUAGAGAAUAACAUUGAAAAUGAAUUAAUAGAGAAAAGUAGCUGUAGUAGUGGUAGUGAAGAAGAGAGUGAUAAAAAUGCUAAUUCGUUAAAUUCUUUUGAAAAUGAAAAAAAAUACAUUACAAAAUCAACCGAUUUUCCUUUAUUUGAAAAGAUAAAUAAUUACAUUAAACAGGAACCAAAUUUGUAUUGUAGUAUUCUUCGUUACGAAUUUGUAGAACUUCAUGAAUUACUAGAAAAAAUCUCAAAAGCGGGCAUUAAUUGUACGGAACGACAAUUACAAUACUUUUUGGAUAGGCAUCGUUAA